ACCCAGCUGCAGCGGGAGGAGACAGGUCUUCCCUAGCGAAAUGCAGCCUCACCCGGUUCGACCACCGAAGAAGUUAUUUUCCUCUCGGAACCAGUAGCCGUGUUGGCGUUGUUUCUGCGACUCCUGGGGAUAUGUGGUGCACACCCUACACUCUAGAGAACUGCCUUCCACAGAACCCAGGGACACCAUGAAGUCCAAUCCUGCCAUCCAAGCUGCCAUUGACCUCACAGCAGGGGCCGCAGGGGGCACAGCAUGUGUCCUGACUGGGCAGCCCUUCGACACGAUGAAGGUGAAGAUGCAGACUUUCCCAGACCUCUACCGGGGCCUCACCGACUGCUGCCUGAAGACCUACUCCCAGGUGGGCUUCCGUGGCUUCUACAAGGGCACCAGCCCCGCACUGAUUGCCAAUAUUGCAGAGAACUCGGUGCUCUUCAUGUGUUACGGCUUCUGCCAGCAGGUGGUCCGCAAAGUGGUUGGAUUGGACAAUCAGGCAAAACUGAGUGACCUCCAGAACGCAACAGCUGGCUCCUUCGCCUCCGCCUUCGCCGCGCUGGUCCUCUGCCCCACGGAGCUUGUGAAGUGUCGGCUCCAGACCAUGUAUGAGAUGGAGUCUUCGGGAAAGAUAGCUGCGAGCCAGAACACAGUUUGGUCAGUCGUGAAAGAAAUCUUUAGGACCGACGGCCCCUUGGGCUUCUACCACGGACUCUCAAGCACUUUACUUCGAGAAGUACCAGGCUACUUCUUAUUCUUCGGUGGCUAUGAACUGAGCAGAUCCUUUUUCGCAUCAGGGAAAUCAAAAGAUGAACUAGGUCCGGUCCCACUGAUGCUAAGUGGUGGAUUUGGUGGAAUUUGCCUGUGGCUGGCUGUGUAUCCGGUGGAUUGUAUCAAAUCUAGAAUCCAAGUUCUUUCUAUGAGUGGCAAACAGACAGGACUAGUCAGAACUUUUCUGAGUAUCGUGAAGAAUGAAGGAAUAACGGCCUUGUAUUCUGGACUGAAACCUACUAUGAUUCGAGCCUUCCCUGCCAAUGCGGCACUGUUUUUGGCCUAUGAAUACAGCAGGAAGUUGAUGAUGAGCCAAUUUGAAGCCUACUGAAGUGUCCUGGAUUCAAGGCAGCCUUUAGUUUAGUGACUGUCGUUAACUCAGGGUUUCACGGAGUACAAGAACAAUGCGGGAUUAUUUGAUUAAUUGGGACGUUUGUCCUCGUCUUCCCUUCUUCUACUCAGAGUCUUAGACUUGGUGGAAGGACCUCUGUUCUACACAGUAUCGUUUCUGCCCAUUGUUGCACCAAAAGAGAAAAGUCGCUGCCUUGCCCUUGGUGGAAUGUACGGGCAGCUAGCUGGUGGCCUUACGUAGACUGCCUUCCUCUCAGGACAGAACUGCUGCGGAAGCCAGGGGUACACAUUGCCAUUUAGAUGGCCCUAAGUUGAGGAAAACACAAUUUUGUUCCAUGUCUAGUUGUAAAUGGUGACCAAUGUCUUUGCAGAUGGUUAUAAAUGACUGCUUAACCCACCCUAGACGUAGGGCCAAAGGCUGCAGAGCCUGUGCACUAAGAGGUUUUUAACUUUUUGUGGUACAUUAAAGCUAAAACAUCUACCUAUAUUUUUAGAUAAACUUAUACACGUACUUGUGUGGCUUCUACAUUCUUGAUGAAAUUUCAGGAUGAAUAUCCUGGAUUUUUUUUCCAUGCUGCUCAACAGUGCCAUUCGUUUUCUAGGUGGGCUUAUUAUUUUGCACUCUGGGCUUGGUAGGAGUGGCCUGGAGUGUUGGUGCUCUGAAGGGCAGCAGAGUACCCACCAGCUUCCCUUCUCACUCAAAGAGCUUCCUCCCCUCGUGCUAGAGUCAUGGUCGACAAGGGGUGCCCUGCCAUGCUCUCGUGAAAACUGACAGCAGCUCUUACCUGGUCUCAGCAGGAACCCGGGGUGCUCUUCUGGUCCUGGGUAUGGAACCACUCUGAACCCAGUGUCUCUCUGCCUCCACCAAUCAGAGGCCCUUAAGGAAGCAGAGAUGAAGUCUGGGCUCCCUGCUUUCAUCACAGGGUCCUAGUCCCGGGGAAGUCCGAAGGAACUCACUAAUUAGGCACCACAGCAUAAGUAUAUCAGGGCUCACCCUCCUGAAGUUCACCCUGGGGCCCAUAACUCCUUGAUUUGCCUCUACAUUUGGAGCUGGCAGUCUGUGAAUUUUAAUGACUGUAGAGGGUGUGUAAAUUUGGAAAGCAUCGUGACAUAGUAAGAACAUUUUUAUUAAACUAGGGAAUAUGUAGCAGCCAACAUCUCAUAGUCUGCAGUACGUCCAAGACCAGUGGGGCUGACAGUAGGCUUUGUUCCUACUCUGCCUACAAAGCUGAAGGAAGUCGGCUGACCUUAUUCAUGCCCUCUUGCCACAGUGCCAGCAGCACAAGGUCGGGAAAGCAUAGUGCUCCCCAAAAGGGAGGGGGGCCACUCAGCAUCCCUGGGCUGGCACUUUAGGAGAGAACCGUCUGUCGGUCUGCUUUAGUUCCCUCUCUUGUAUGGCCAGUGGCUACUGAGUGGUGCUUCAUCUCAACAGCUCUGGAUACAAGCACCAGAGGAUUGAUGUGGGAAGAGGACUGGCCCAAGCUGUCAUCUCCCUUUCUGGUGCCUGAGGUCUAGUUCAUAUUGUCCCUGUUGGCCGUGUGGCUUCUCACAGUCUGCCCAUUGAAGAUUUGUGGCCUUCUAGAGAAAUAGUAAGAAACAAAGGAAGUGAAAAAUGGAGACCUAAGGAGAAUUUUUUAUUUUUCUGUUGGUUUAAUGUGUGGGUACAAUUGAACUUGAGACAAAACCAGAACUUGAGAUAUUUUGUUUAAAGAAAUGAGUACUCUAUCAUUAUUAAAUAAACCUAAUGUGAGUCUAUGAUGAGUUUCAUUUAGAUACAUUAUAUUUAUAUCAAGGACCAAUAGGAAUAUUAAAGAUGUAUGGAUAAUAAA